AGGAAACGGACGGGAAGCGGAAGGAUGGAUAUAAACCGGAAAUAGUUCGGGCAGAUCGAACCGGAACUAACUGGUUUUUGUUUUGACAAACGACGGUUUGAUUUUGGAAUUGAAUAACAGACGCCGUGGAAAUGCAAAAGAUAAUUCUGAGGGAAUUUCCAGACGUUCGCGUCGCUUUUUCCAGGGUCAACGAAAAGCAAAUGGCGAAAAUAAGAACGGGAAAAUACGAAAAACUGAGUUUUUUCAUUGGUGUAGAUUGUCCAAGAGCAAAAAACGUGCUGAAAACGGCUUCAACAUUAGACAGGUUUGGAAAGUUUCAAUUUCUCUACAAUUGGUUUUUAAUAUCUAAUAAAAAUUUAGAUGUUAUUAAAAUGUUUAAAUCAUUUAAAACAAGGAUGGACAUGGACGUCAAAUUUUUCUUACGCAUUGAUAACCAAACUUAUAAAGUUUUUGAAAUUUUUAAUCCAGGAAUCAACGUUGGACUGAUCAAAAGGGAAAUUGGAAACUUCAGCCGGGAAAAAUUGAACGUAAACACGUCAAAAUCUUAUUACGAAUCGAGGAAAAACAUGUCCGGCGUCCUGAUCAGGUCCACCAGCGUUAUUAGAUAUCCGUUCAAAACCACCUUCGAGGAAUACAUGAUGGACCUGAAAUUGAGAUAUUACGAUAUCUACAGCAAGUUUCAUUAUCAGCAGUUUUUGUUGUUGAAGCAGGUGCAUGAAUUCAGUUACAAUACAACAAUACAUUUAUCCUACUUCGGAAACACAUCUAGUGGUCAAACAGGAGGAAUGGGCAAAAUGUUAUGGGAUGAUGCAGCCGACAUGACCAGCUGCGGAUGUAUUAUGCGCCUUCUUGACUCGGACCGUAUAUUUUAUUAUGAUUUUAUCAUGCCCUUCUACAAAUUCAGGUCAUAUUUCUACUUUAGAAACCCUGGUUUAGUUAAACCAAACUUCAAAGAAGUACUUAAACCUUUCAGCAGAACUACUUGGUUUGCCACGCUCUACACGUGUCUUAUUGUUUGCUGUUGUAUCGAGGCGGCUUACUUAGUAGAAGAAAAAAAUGCAAAAGAAAAAAGAAAAUCAUGGUUUAGACCGAUCUUCACUGUAGUCGCUGCUUUCUGUCAACAAAGUCUUGACACAAUUCCAACUCAAGUAGCUGGCCGUAUAAUUCUUCUGCACCUUUUUAUAAUGUCCGUUCUUUUGUACAAUUACUACACCUCCAGCUUGGUUUCGUCUCUGAUCAGUACUGAGCCCGAAGUUCUGAAAACCAUCAAGGAGCUAUAUGAGAGCCAAAUGGAAGUUGGCAUUGAGCUGCAGUCUUAUACAAUCACUUAUAUACUAGAGAGAAGUAAGGUAGACUACUACAUGAAACUGCUUAAUGGUUCAAAAAUAUUCCCGCAUGACCGUCUGAACUUUCUACCCCUCGAAGAAGGAAUUGAAAGAGUGCACAGGGGCGGAUUUGCCUAUCACACGGAAUCCACCUCAGCAUAUCCCUUGAUAGAUCAUACGUUUGAACAGGAGUCUAUAUGUGACUUGGCUGAGAUAGGUCUCAUUAAUAGCUUCUCCUCGGUGAUUGUCCAGAAAAGAAGUCAGUAUAAGAAACUGUUUCAAGUGAGUUUACGAAAGGCAUGGGAGCGAGGAUUAUUGAACAAAUUACUCAAGACCUGGGUAGAUAGUAAACCGGAAUGUCUGUCAAGUGCUCGCGUUAUUUCUGUAGGUGUUAACGAUUUAUUUCUACCUUAUUUUCUCCUAGCCAUGGGAUUUCUCGCAUCUUUAAUUAUUUUGUUGCUGGAAAUAUCUCGUGAUAAAUUUCAAGAAAGACUCCGCAAUAUACGCAAAAAACUAUUUUUUAAAACACCUUAUGUUAACUAAAGAACGUAGACAUUA